GUGACCCAGCCAUGAAGCAGUUUCUCCUCUACUUGGAUGAUACGAAUGCUUUGGGGAAAAAAUUCAUAAUUCAGGACCUGGAUGAAACCCAUCUUUUUGUCUUGGCUGAGGUGGUUCAGAUUUUACAAGAAAAAGUAGGGGACUUAAUGGACCAAAACUCCUUUCCAUUAACACAGAAGUAAAUAAAGAUUUUAAAUGGAUGAGUUAAAUCCCACAGACUUCAACCAUGAGACUUCACAAAGAUAAAUCUUUACUUUGACAAAGUGCUAAACAAAUGAGCUGUGAAAGAAAUGGACGAUAUCACGUGUUCUAAGCAACUCUUCUAGUUGAAAGCACUUACAAUAAAGCUACUUUUGAUAUUUAAA